UUUUUGUAUUUGGCUACACCAUCUCUAAGAUUUAUGUCAAACACAACAGCUGUCAAAGUUGUCAAAAAGUUUACAGAACGAGGUUGUUUGACCCGCAAUUUGCAAAGUUAUUUGCAAUAAAUUAACUUUUGAUCGCAUAAUACUAAUAAAUUGUAUGGCUACUAUUAUAUAUCGAUACUGAAGUUGUUUGGAAAGUUGUUGGUUUUAAGGAAAUAUUUCAUGUCGGAGGACAGUGCGAAUGGCGACGGAGGAGGAUAUCGACACUCUCAAACUAUACUGGGAUCACUUCUUCAAAGCGGAGACUGGCACUUAUGAGAAAUCGACCUGGCUGGAUUUGUUUCUAGCCGAGUUCCUAAUCCGCGUCAAUGAUGGUGCCAAUCCAAAGGAAUUGAUCAAGUUUUGUCCAGUAAGUGGUGUGGUGACGCUGGUGGGCUGCGAGUUGCUGUGUGGCAUCCACCGCGUGACGUCAUCCAUCAACACGCACUACUCCGUCCCGCUAGCGUGCCUAGACGCGCAUGCGCCGUGUGAGGACAACACACUACCGCACCUCAACAUUAACAAUGACGAUCUUACGACCGAAGCCAAGUCGGAGGAGUCGAAGGCUCCGACGAGCCUGUUCACCCGGAUCAACAUGCAAUCGUCGGAGCAGAUCCUCAGGAAGUACCUGUUGGGGGGCGUGGCCUGGCGCUGCCUCGUGCUGCUCAAGGCUUUGGGAGUUGAGGGCCUGUCCUGCUGCCGCCAGCUGAGCUCGGUCCUGAUCUGGUUGUUCGGCGAGCUGAGCGGCGCGGGCGGCGGCCCCAGCGCGCCGGCCGUGCCCUCGCCGCCGCCGCGCACGCCCAUACACCAGCUGUUCUCUAAUAAGAUAUGGUCAAAACAGAAGCCGAUCGGCGGACAAACAUCAAAAGUGAAUUCAGCUGCGUCUUCUGACCGGGGCUCCGUCACGGGAAGGUCGAAGCACUCAUCCCAACAAAAAUACGACUCACUGGAACGAACUAAAAGAAGACUCUCGAAAAACACAGACCAGUCGUCAGAGUCGGCGGACUCCAACGACGACCUCCAGAUAUUAAACCGCUCUCUAACCAUCAAAGUCUGUACGCCCAACGAUGACUUUGAAUACUUCAAUUCAACCAGGUCCUCCAACGAGUACCCAAACGACUCUUAUUACGAUCCCUUCUACACUCCCAGGAAAGCCAAACCGAAAGCCGACGACUACAUCACCGAUAAACACAGAGAAAUUAUUAAUUCAGAAAUCUCUACAUUCCAAUUCACUUUAAUGAUAACAGAUUUACUCCAAGAGUUAUGUAAGGCUGAGAGCAGUCUGUCGGGCUCCGAAGGCUCCCAGAUCUCCAUGCAGUGUAUCAACUUCUCGUUACGUAAUCUAUGUUCUUUGCAGUUCAGCUCGGUGCCUCUGGCCCAACAAGAUAAUACUCAAGAAGUGUCUACUAUCAAAGUUGCUUUAACAGAACUGCUCAUGGUGUCGUUAGACCAAGUGUUGAUUCACUCAGAUCUUUGUGCUAAAUUAAUUAAUAAUGGAAUCUUGCCAAUGUUGCUUAGACUAUUAGAGGAUAUUAUUACAAAGUGUAGGCAAAAUAAACUCGAAUACCUAAACCGGACAGAGGAUAAGACUGAAUCGGAAAAUUUGCUCAAAUUCGUAUUUGGAAUCGCGUUUUCAAUUACUGCGUUCUUUCACUGUCUACUGAUGCAAUGUCGCACCGUGGACAAACUGCGGGAGUUCACCGAACAGUUCAAGCUGUACGGAGAGUGCAUGAAGGGCGGGCUGCUGAAGGAGUGCAUGGAGCUCAUGAUGAGGAUACCGACCGGCGACGAGGAGAAGGUGCUGCUGGUGAAGAAGCUGGUGGAGACGGUGGGCUUCCUGAUCGUGGGCAUGAAGCGCGUGCGCAGCGAGGUGCUGCACGCGGGCGCGUGCGCGCGCGCGCGGCACAAGGCGUGCCGGCCGCGGCUGCGCGCCGGCCAGCACCACCACCACGACGCGCUGCGCCUGCCCGCGCCCGCGCCGCGCGCCGCCUGCUGCCUGGCGCUGCUGCUGGCCGCGCUGGCCGAGCUGCUCACCGCGGAGCCCGUGGCCGCGCAGCCGCCGCUGCGCCACAAGAUCCUCAAGGUGCUGCUGAGCUGCGGCGUGUGCUGCUGCUUCUCGCCCGCCUUCCUCAUGGAGUGCAUCGUGCGGCUCAUGCUGACGCACAGCAGCGCCGCCUCGCUGUGUCUGCAGGUGCUGGAGCACACGGUGUACGGAGAGUUGGGCGCGAGCAUCCUGAUCCCCAAGCCGGUGCCUGACCAGCUGCCGUGCUCUAUAUGUGAGCCGCAAGAGGAUAAGAAAGAUGUGGCCAAGAAGUACUGCUCGCACGGCAUCAAUUCCGUAGACAGGAAAAACAUGCGGUCGUUUCUAUAUCACUACAACUCCCUGCUACAGCUGGACAACCACAAUAACGUGCUGCACGCCACCGUCAGCCAUCUCCUGCGGGUCACUCCUAAAUGUAGAAUGGAGAUGAAAUGUGAAUUACUGUUCAGUGUUAUUUACCCUACAUUCAUUGUUGCCAAACAUAGGUACAUCAUACGUACGGAAGAGUCAGCUUAUUUCCUGACCGUGUCCUGUCUAAACAUAUUCGCCAGUCUGCUGAACACUGUGUCUUUCGCAGAACAGUUCAUUCAGAAAGGUGGUCUCAGCUAUGUUCUGGAACUGGUAUCGUUACCAGAGUUUUCCAAUCAAUGUUGUUCCAUAUUAGAAAUAGCCAUCAUCGUAGAAAUAUUCAAGCUCAUGAAAGAAAAUUCGGAAAUGACGUACUUCAGAGAGAUGAGCUCGCUGGCGUCCGUACAGAUGUUGUUCAAAUCAUUAACAGAAAUGACAGACAAAUGUUACAAGAUUUACAAACUGAAGCUGCCCGUGGAUAAAUUUGAGGAGUUGAGUGAUGUUAGUCAAGAGAGGGAUAGCCUAGCAUUUAUAUAUCCCACUGAGACUCAUCCAAGAAAACUCUCUUCGCCGAAGACAAUAAAGACAAAUUUCGCGUGCAGCGAGAACGUAGUGGAAGAAUCUAUUGAAGAUCAUAUAGAGAUUCUAAAGAACGUGUGGACGUUCUGGAAGACUUGUGCGAGCCUGUGCCUGUACAGCCCCAUGUUCCGGGAGUACGUGGUGAGCGAGCCCGUGUUCCUGGACAGCUACGCGCUGCUGAAGCUGAUGCUGCACUACGUGUGCGGCUGCGAGGCGGCCGCGCCCGACCUGCGCCUGCUCAUCAGGAUCAGCGAGGCGCUGCUCACCGUGCAGCUCUCCGCCACAGACGUGACGUCGGGGCGCUCGAAGGCGACGAGCUGCGGGCUGGUGCGCGCGGCGCUGGCGGGCGCGGCCGAGGGCGCGGGGGUGGCCGGGGGCGCGGGCGAGGGCGCGGGGGUGGCUGGGGGCGCGGGGGUGGCUGGGGGCGCGGGGGGCGCGGCGCUGGAGGGCGGCGCCGGGCUGCGCGCGCUGUGCGAGGCGCUCAUCCGCGUGGCCGCCGCGCGCGCCAGCCGCCGACACGCCAUGCCGCGCCGCACACACGCCAAGGUGCCGCCGCUGCUGUGCGCGUCGGGCGGCAGCUCGGCGGAGUGCUCGUCCAGCGAGGACAGCGUGGCCGGGCCCUACGCCAGCGAGCACAGCGACCCCGACACCGCGCGCCCCGACGAGGGUUACGAGGCGGAUGUGGAGAUAGGCAAGUUUGAUGCUCCUCCGCUGUACAGAACAAGGAAGAUGUCUGGCUCCGUAUCUACACCUCCUUCAGGCGCGCAGUCGCCGACUGCAGAGUUGAGCAUGGAGUGUGGCGAGUACACCAAAAGCGGCGACUUGGCGCACCCCGAGCUGUGCGUCAUCGUCGUCGAUAUUCUGACGCAGCUUAUACACAAGCUGGUGGUGGGCCUGGAGCAGGGCUCGUGCUCGGCGGCGUCGUGGCGGCUGGGCGUGGGCGUGGCGCGCGCCUGGUGCGGGCGCGUGGGCGCGGCGCUGGCCCGCGCGCGCGCCGCGCCGCCGCCGCUGCUGCGCCGCCUGCUGGCGCCCGCGCCCGCCGCGCUGCUGGCCGCCCGGGACCCGCGCCGGGAGGAUCUCCAGCGCAGUAUCCUGGAGCUGAUUCACGUGUUGGCCUCCCAGAGCAUCGAGCCGGCUGAGCUGGCGGCUUUUCUGAAGCUGUUCACAGCGGAGAACCCACCGUUGGGCAUGCUGUUGGGCGCGCUGCACCGCCUCGUCGCCGCCACCUCCUACAACACGCCCGACUGUAUACUCACCUUCCCCGUGGACACUGACAAUACUGAUGGUGCACAAUCUCUUGCGGAAGAGCUGAGCUUCCUAGUGGUGAACAGUACGGCGUCGCAGAGUCAUCACGCCGAGAACUGCGCUAAGAAGUACCACGAAGCGCACAUUAGAGCUGGUGUCCGCUCGGCGUGGUCGCGCCACGCCGUCCGCUGCGGCGUGGAGGGCGCGGGCUGGGCGCCGUGGCUGGCGGGCUUCGCGCUCUGUCUGUGGCUCAACACGCCGCGCCGCGCGCACGACGACGACGCAGACGAUUUAAAUGACGAACUCUCGGACUCAGAGAGUUCAAAUAAGAAGUCACCAAAGAAGGAAGUGCCGAACAAACCGACAGAACUGUCGCACGUGAUCUCUAUAGGACACGAGUCACUCAUGCUGGAAGUGUGGCUCGACACUAAUACAGGCGUGUUCACGUUCCGCCUGUCGCGGCCCGAGCCCGGCCUGAACCGGCUGGUGAGCGAGGCGCGCGCGGCCAGCGACAUGCCGCCGCGACACUGGAACUGCGUCGUGCUCAACGUCAAGGAGCUCGUCUACAAGAGGCACAUCUACAUACAGGUCACGCUUUUUGUCAACGGCUAUGAAUGUGAGACGGUGUCGCUUCCAGUUCAAGGCAUCCUGGUGCGCAAGGUGACGGCCACCAGCGUGCUGCUGGGCAGCGCGCGGGCGGGGGGCGCGGGGGGCGCGGGCGGGGGCGCGGGGGGCGCGGGCGGGGGCGCGUACCACCUGGCCGCCGCGCACGUGUACCGCGCGCCCGUGCUCAACAACUACUGCGCGCUGCACCUGACGGCGCACGGGCCCGACCACGCCUGCCAGGUGCGAUGCGAAUCUCCCAAUUACCCGCUGCUGUUAACACCUAAUAUACUGGAUUCUAACAUCGAUUGGGAUCAAGUAUUCGAAAUAUCGACGACGACACUUCGUGAACUACACGACAACUUAUUGUUAACAUUCUCGGCAAGCUCUCCGAACAUCAUGAACCUGUACCAUCAGACAGUCGCAUUACCAACUGCUAACCAGUGGGUCCCCCCCUCAGUGUUCGCGGGGCGCGUGUCCUCCCCGGCGGGGCUGCUGGCGGCGGGGCUGGCGGCCAGCGGCCCCGUGGCCUCCAUCCCCGAGACGCUGUUCACCACGUGGGCGGGCGCGGCGCUGGCCAGCCGCCACCGCGGCCUCACGCCCGCGCUGUACAUGCUCGGCGGCUCCGACGUGCUGCUCUACCUCUACGCUAGGGUGGUGGAGCUGGAGGGCUCAGCGGAGGAGCAGGCGCUGGCACUGAGCAUCCUGCUGCGCGCAUGUCGCGUGGACAACCGCCUGCACGCCAUGCUGUACGCGCACGACGCGCCCGACAUGCUGCGGGCCGUACUGGCCGCGCCCGCCGCCAAGGUCGACCACCAUCUGCUCAAGGUGAUCCUUGACGAGGCGUGCAGUAGCCCAGUCUUAAGCUCGUGUGGUGACAGUCUGCAACUUGCCUCGCGCACCGACGCCGUUGUUCUGCAGCCCGAGCUGCUCGUACUACUGGUCAACGCUUGGAGGCACUUCGACACCGAACAGGAGCUGUGCUGGGAGGCGGAGCGCGGCGGCGGGCGGCUGCGGCAGCGCGGGUCCGCGUGGGCGCUGGCGCUGUGCUGCCUGCGCGCGCUGCUGCGGGACGCGCACCCGCGCCGCGCCUUCAACCACUACCAGAUGAGCCGCGUGGCGCUGCUCGACCAUCUGCUGCUCGCCUGCAAGGAGCGGUUCCUGAACUCGUCGUGCGGCGCGCUGGGCGGCGCGGCCAGCAGCGGGCUGGUGGAGGUGGUGCGCGGGCUUCUGGGCGCGCCGCCGCUGCUGCACCGCCUGGCGCUGCUCUGCGACUUCCUGCUGCUCAUGCACCAGGCUAGCGAUACGUUCGUAACUCACUCACGCGCCAAUUUCUACUUCCUCCUCACAUCAGAGACACAAGAAAUGAGCGAAUUCUCAUCGAGUUUCUCCAAGAAGAGACCUUCCAGACGUGUCAAGAAAAAAUCAGAAGACCGGCCCAGCGCGUCUAGCACCUCCACGGACGAUCUGACCACCGACAAUAGCCUCAAUUCCCUAAAAGAUACGGCACAGAAUCAAGAGCUCGAAGACAGGAUAGACAGCAGUUGUGGCAGUACAGAGUCCUCAAAACAAAUGAAGUCCAUAAUCAACAUGCAGCUUAAGGAAGGCAGGAAACAUACUGCUUCUUCGACGUCAGAAAAUUCUGAUACACCUGCCCCUGAGCUGGACACUGUGCACUCCGCCGACGGUGAGGGGGAGGGGGAGGGGGGCGAGGUGGAGGAGGAGGCGGGCGCGGGCGGGGGGGCGCGCAGCCCGCGCGAGGAGGAGCUCACCGAGUACAUUGUUGUAGACGUGGACGACGUCAACCACACCACCGUCGAGAUGUACACCAGCGGGAUAUACCAUCAGCGGCGAGUGCGCGCGGGCGCGGCGUCGGGCUGGUCGGCGUGUGAGGGCCUGCUGCUGCUGCUGCGGCACGCGCUGGCGCUGCUGCCCGACCACGCGCACCAACAGGCCAUCUGCGGCGCGGUGAGCGCGGAGAGCCUGGUCGUGCUCAGCAACCAGCGGUGUGCCCGCGCCCGCGCAGCCGCCGUGCGCGCGCUGGCCGCACUCGCGCGCCGCGCCAGCCCCGACACGCAGCGCCGCCUGCACGCGCAGCACUACUACAUCCACCUCGCCAACCAGAUUUCACUGUAUGAGGGUUCUUGGGAGCUGGCAGCCGCAUGUGCUGCACUACUCACGAAAUGCGACGUUCCACUCGAGGACCAACUGGAUGACGACAUCUGGGUGGACGUGAGCGAGGAGUCCCUGCACCGCUGCCCGCCGCUGCUGGCGCUGCUGCCGUGCUGCCUGGCGGACGUGCCGCUCGCGCACAACCUCACGCUGCUGGCGAGGCGCAUCGUCGACAAGGCGUCGCUAAAGCUCCUGAACGAAGUGUCGCUGGUGGAGGUGGUGGUGCGGUCCAUCCGCGGCGUGGGACUCAUGCCCGACGCCAACUUCGAGGGCCGCGAGCUGCUGCUCGAGGACCUGUACGAGCUGCUCAACAGAGUCGCCAUCAAGGCGCUCGCCUCACAACACAGCAUGCAGACGAUAUCGGAGCUGCACCACAUGCUGACGUACGUGGAGCUGAGCGCGGGCGAGGCGGGGGGCGGGGCGGGGGGCGGGGAGGGGGGCGGCGCGGGGGGCGUGGCCCGCCUCGCGCGGGACGCGCAGGUCGCGCUCUACAACGCGCAGCUCGACUACCUCGAGGACAAGCUGCACUCGUCGUACAACGCGCAAACCAAGCACAACUACUUUACUACCGUGCUGUCGUCGGCGGUGUCGCUGGGCGAGAGCGCGCGCGGCGAGCGCGGCGAGCUGGCGGCGCGCCACGUGUCGUGCGUGUCGCGCGGCGUGGCCUUCCUGCUCACGCACGACCCCGCGCGCCCGCUCGCCGCCGACCAGCUGCUGUUCGAGCGCCUGCUCAACACGCUGCUGCUCGCGGUGAGCGGCACGGCGGCGAGCCGGCCCAAGUGGUGGGUGUCGGGCGGCGCGGACUGGGCGGGCCCGCUGCAGGAGCUGUUCUGGUGGGCGGCGGCGCCCGCGCCCGGCACGCGCGCGCUGCAGCCCGCCCUGCUGCGCGCGCUCUACCACGCGCCCGCGCCCGUGCUGCACGUGCUCACGCCCAGCGACCCCGCGCAGCUCAGGAAGUUGUCGGUGUACCUGCUGACGACGCUGAAGUACCUGCACGGCGCGGCGGAGCAGGGCGAGGGCGGCGUGGAGCUGGCCAUCACGGACUGGGCGCGCGCCUGGGCCGUGGGCACGCAGGCGCCGCUCAGCGAGCGCCUGGCGUCCAGCGCGCUGGCGCCCGAGGCCGCCGCGCUGCUGCGCCAGGACGCCGAGCGCCGCGCCCGCCGCCAGGACCGCACCAGGCAUCUGCUCGCCAAAGUGGUGUGGAGCAAGGACGGGCUGGCCGCCAAGGUGACGGAGAGCGCGAUGUGUGUGACGCGCGGUGUUGUGGACGCGCAGAACGCGCAGCGCAAGGCCUUCAUGGAGCACCUGCGCCGUGCGCACGCGCAGCAGGCCGCCGCCGCGCAGGCCUGGCAGCGGCUCAUCGACACCUACACGCACGAGCAAGCUGUAUGGCACGAUCCCCGCUCCUACCCGACUUCCUGGCAGCUGGACCCCACAGAGGGCCCGGGCCGAGUGCGCGUGCGCCUGCGCCGCGCACACCUUCACAUCAACCCCAAGUUCCUCAAGCCGCAGUACCAGCAUAAAGCCGAGAGCGCUCGGCGGCGCGCGCCGCUGCGGGGCGUGGUGGGGGCGCGCGGGGGCUGGGGCGCGGUGCGGGGCGGGCUGGUGGCGCGUCUGCAGCUGCACGAGACCGUGGGCUACAUGGCCAGGGUCACCUGCGUCACCGUGGCCGCCGAGCUGGACGGCGAGCUGCUGCUCAGCGACCGCUGCAUACACUUCGUGCCCGAGGACACGCCCAUGCUGCUGCCCAGGAAGGACAGGCUAUACAUCCCAGAAGUGCAGGCGGCCCCCGAGGCCCAGAGCUGGCCGCUGGAGGCCGUAGUGCAGGUGGCCACGCGGCGCUGGUGCCUGCAGGAGCGCGCCGUGGAGCUGUUCCUGAGCUCGGGCCACGCGCACAUGCUGGCCUUCGCGGACCAGCACGAGAGAGCCGCCUUCCUGAAGGCUCUCGCCGCCUCGCCACAUCCUCCUGCCAGAAUCGAGCCAGACACUCUAACAGAAGCCAUGACACAAUGGAGGAACGGUAGUAUAACGAACUGGGAGUAUUUGAUGCGUCUGAACGGGUUAGGAGGGCGCUCUUACAACGACCUCAUGCAGUACCCGGUGCUGCCCUUCGUCAUAGCGGACUACAGCUCCAGGAUCCUCGACCUCAACGACCCCGCCUCGUUCAGGGACCUCAGCAAACCGAUGGCUAUCCAGAACAAGAAUAGGGAACAACACUAUAUUAGUAUUUAUAAUGAUCUGAAGUCAGCUCGUCACGAAGGCUGCAGCCCGCUGCUGUCGCGACAGCCUCACCACUACGCCUCGCUGUACUCUAACUCAGGGGGAGUGCUGCACUACCUGGUGCGGCUGCCGCCCUUCACAGAACUCUUCCUUAACUAUCAAGACAAUAACUUCGACAUGCCGGACCGCACGUUUCACUCGUUGGCGACAACAUGGCGGCUGAUCACUAAUGACUCGCCGACCGACGUCAAGGAGCUUAUUCCAGAGAUGUUCUAUCUGCCCGAGCUGUUCCACAACAACGAAGGUUUGAACCUGGGUAAGCGUCAGUGUGGCGCGGGCGUGGACGACGUGGAGCUACCCCCCUGGGCGGCGGAUGCGCGCCUGUUCACGCUGGUGCAGCGGCAGGCGCUCGAGUCGCCCUACGUGACCGAGCACCUGCCGCACUGGGUGGACCUCGUGUUCGGCUACAAGCAGACCGGCCAGGCCGCGCUCGACGCCAUCAACGUGUUCCCGGCUUGCACUUACUACGGGUUCGACCCGUCGGCGCUGGAGAACGAGGUGGACCGCACGGCGGCGGCGGCCAUGGUGCGCACGUACGGGCAGGCGCCGCGCCAGCUGCUGCGCGCGCCGCACCCGCACGCCGCGCCCGAGCUGCGCGGGCCCGCGCGCGCGCCGCCCGUGUGGGCCGGCGUGGCGGGCGCGCGCUGGGGCCGCUGGUGCGGCGCGCCGGGGCAGGCCGCGCCCGCGCCCGCCGCGCGCCGCGUGCUGCCGGGCGCCGCCGCGCUGCUGGCGCUGCCGCACGCGCGCUGCGUGGCCGUGCCCGGCCGCGCCACCGCGCUGCUCGCCAUGCACGGAGAGACGACAUCCAACAACACGCUUAACAAUGGACAACCACCUCUGGCGUUGUUGUCGUGGGGACACUCGGACAACAUUGUACGAUUAAAACGCAGACGAGACGCUCGGCCAGACUUGUUACUACAAGUGUGUGCCCUGGAUCAAAUUACGAAAGUGGUGACGUCGUGCAGCUCGGGCGCGGGCGGCGGCGGCGUGGCGCUGCUGGGGCACGCGUCGGGGCGCGUGCUGGCGCUGCGCGUGCGCGAGCGCGGCGGCGCGGCGCGCGUGCAGCGCCGCGUGCUGCUGGCGCACGACCAGCCCGUGGCCGCCGCGCACGCCGCCGCGCGCGCCGCGCUGCUCGUCACCGCCAGCUGCGACGGCAAGAUCGUGCUCUGGGACCUCAACAAAUUGACAUACAUUCGCACGCUGCCCAACCGGGAUAUGUUGUCAGUGACGCAUGUGACCAUCAGCGAGACUCUCUGCGACGUGGCCUCGGUCCAUGACUUGAAAUCCAGUAACAACAACAACUCCAGCAGCAAUAACAACAGUGACGUCACCUCGGACAACACGCCCGACGUGCCCGACGAUGACCACAUGGAGGCGUACGAGAAGGACGCCGCCUACAAAUACAACUCCUUAAUCAGAGUUCAUACGGUUAACGCGAGAUUUGUCGGGAGCGUGAAGGUAUGCGAACGCGUAACAUGCAUCUGCUACUCCAACGCGCCAGAGGGUGUGAGUGUGAACGGUAUCGCGGCGGGCCUGGACACGGGCGGCGUGCGCCUGUUCUCGUCCUGGGACCUGCGCGCGCUGCUCUACAUCCCGCCGCCCGACACACGCUCGCCGCUCAUCAGCUUGACGUACAGCAGCGACUCGCAGCUGCUGUUCGGCUGCUUCGCGUCAGGCGUGGUGUUGGCGUGGGAGAGCCCGGGCCCGCGCCCCGCGCCCGUGCGCAUCCUGCCCGCACACGCGCUCUUCUGACCGCACGGAUACCACUACUCCGACUCAGUAACUACCUAUAGAUAAUGCCCUAAUCAUUAUUGUCAUUUAGACAACUGAAAACAUCUUAAGUUAGCUUAUAAAGUAAAAGCAGCUAACAUCUACGAUGUAUUUAUUUCUGUACGAAAAAGGAGCAACAUUUAUACUUCACUGUAAGUAAACAAUGUGGCUGUUGACCAUCUCCAGAACACGAGACACGGUGUCUUAUAUUAAAAUGAGUUUGUUUCUGUGGAUUGUAAAGUGAUCAUUGCAUCGAGACUGUGUAAAUAAUCUCCAGUAGAUGGUCCUCGUUUCUGGAAGACUGACGAAGUUUUUUAUAUUUUUUUUCACCAAUCAGUAGUCACCACUGUUAUUGUAUGACCACAAUAUUAACAAACAAUAAAAUGAAUAAAUUAAAAUUUGACAAUCGAUUAAUUAAUUGUUGUGUUAAUUAGCGUUCAAGAAACUGGCUUUAUGACUUAUCCAGGAUUUUUUUACGUGUGCUGAUUGAUAAAAAAAAAAUCAUGAAUAGAAAAUGUAUUACAUGUCACAGUUUAACACGUAUUACAUUAAUAUCUACAAAAGUCUUCCUAAAGCAAUACUUUCAAACCACUUGUGCCAAAUAUUGUGAAAAAUAUUAUAAUUUUUGAAAGUAGUGUAUUCAUAAAUAUUUUUAUUAAGAUUGAACCGAUAUAAAAUAAAUAUUCGGGUAUGUACGCGUCACAAAAAUAUUUUUUGAGAACUUAUUUUAGGCGAGUAUCCCUCAUGUAUUUUAAUAUAUUAUUUUAACUUACUGAUGCUCCUUGACCAUGCAGAUCAUAGAAAUGUAACAAGUUUUCCUUUUAGAAAACAUUAAAGAAUUCAAUCAUUAUAACUUAACGAAACUUCUGGGUAAACAUAAACGAAUGUGAUAUGUAACUGCCAGCAGAGCUGUGGGCGACUGCUGGUUACUACAGUCUAAUAACACCCUUGAUGAAAUAUACUUCUAGAAAUCAAUUUAUAUCAAGCAUUAAACAUUUAAUUGUGCUAUGUAUUUUAUUAAAUAUUGUGUACACAUAACUAGAUAUAAGACUUGAAGAGUAUGUGAAUAGAUUUAGCAAUAAUGCAUAUCUGAAGUGUCUUGUAAAUAUAUCUUUAUUUUUGUACAUAUAACAUUCCUAUUUUUAUAUAAUGCUCAAUAUGCAUUUUAAGUCGCAUAUCAAAUACAUAUUUAUGAGGCUCAGGAAAAAAAAUCAUCAAAAAAUUGCAUUUUUCCAACAAAGUCAUACUAUUUUAAACUUGUUUCAAGUAAUGUAUAAUGAUUUCUUGAGGCUACAAAUAUCAAAGCCUGACAGUAUUUAAUAUGAAUAUGACUGCUGUUUAGAUAUUUAUUUAAGCAUUUACCAUCGACACAGAUAGGGCCGUCCUCAGUAUACGUAUAACAUUUCUACUAUUGGCAAUAAAGAUGCUUUAAAAUGUGAAUAUGCCUUACGGUUAAGUAAUAUGCCAAGCAUUCUGUAAGUUAUUUUAUACUGUUGAGUUUUGUAAAUCAAUAAAAUAUGUGAAAACAA